AUGGCCGCGGGAAAUGAAACUGGAAAAGAGAUGUGGAAGAGAAGAGAAAACGAGGAGAAAUCGUGCAAAAUCAACCUCCGACACUUUCAGAUCGUCCCUCUCACCACCUCGACGACUAACGACAUCCAGGGUCAAGAUGAGUCACCGGAAGUACGAAGCGCCUCGGCACGGUUCGUGAUCAACUUUAUCCUGCGACAUCAAAAAUUCGACCUGGUUGUGUGUGGUAUACUGAUUUCUCCCUCUAUAGGCUCCCUUGCCUACCUCCCGCGCAAGCGCGCUACUCGCCACCGCGGAAAGGUCAAGAGCUUCCCCCAGGAUGACCCCAAGAAGCCCGUCCACCUGACGGCCUCCAUGGGCUACAAGGCCGGUAUGACCACCAUCGUCCGUGACCUUGACCGUCCUGGUGCCAAGAUGCACAAGAAGGAGGUUGUUGAGGCCGUGACCGUCGUCGAGACCCCUCCCCUUGUCGCCGUUGGUGUCGUCGGCUACAUCGAGACUCCCCGUGGUCUCCGCUCGCUCACCACCGUGUGGGCUGAGCACCUGAGCGACGAGGUCAAGCGCCGAUUCUACAAGAACUGGUACAAGAGCAAGAAGAAGGCUUUCACCAAGUACGCCAAGCAGCACUCCGAGGAGAGCGGCGCCUCGGUUACCCGCGAGCUGGAGCGUAUCCAGAAGUACUGCACCGUCGUCCGCGUGCUCGCCCACACCCAGAUCCGCCAGACCCCGAUCAAGCAGAAGAAGGCCCACCUCAUGGAGAUCCAGGUCAACGGUGGCUCUAUCGCCGACAAGGUUGACUUCUCCCGCAACCUCUUCGAGAAGACCAUCGACAUCGACAGCAUCUUCGAGAAGGACGAGAUGAUCGACGUCAUCGCCAUCACCAAGGGUCACGGUUUCCAGGGUGUCACCAGCCGUUGGGGUACCACCAAGCUGCCCCGCAAGACUCACAAGGGUCUGCGUAAGGUUGCCUGUAUUGGUGCCUGGCACCCUAACCACGUCCAGUGGACUGUUGCCCGUGCCGGUCAGAUGGGUUACCACCACCGUACCUCGUGCAACCACAAGGUCUUCCGUAUUGGCAAGGGCUCCGACGAGGGCAACGCCUCGACCGAGUUCGACAUCUCCAAGAAGAACAUCACUCCCAUGGGUGGCUUCGUUCACUACGGUGAGGUCAAGAACGACUUCGUCAUGCUCAAGGGCUCCAUCCCCGGUGUGAAGAAGCGUGUCAUGACUCUGCGCAAGACCCUGUACCCCCAGACCAGCCGCAGGGCCACCGAGAAGAUCGACCUCAAGUGGAUCGACACCUCGUCCAAGUUCGGUCACGGUGCUUUCCAGACCGCCGAGGAGAAGAAGGCCUUCCAGGGUACCCUCAAGAAGGACCUUAUCACCACUGUUUAA